AGCGGUUCGCAUACUCAAUCGACCAUCCAGACCCUAUAGCCAUGUCACUCGAGAAUCUUCUUCCACUCGAACUGAUCGACAAAUGUGUGGGUUCGCAGAUUUGGGUCAUCAUGAACGGUGGAAAAGAGUUCACAGGGAAGUUGGUCGGGUUCGAUGACUACGUCAACAUGGUACUCGAAGACGUGACUGAGAUUGACCCUGCUGAGGGUAAUGUCAAGCUUCCCAAAAUCUUGUUGAACGGGAACAACAUCUGCAUGAUGGUUCCUGGGGGAGACGGUCAGACAGUACUCGAGGACGAAUAGAUCAGACACAGAGGUAUCGUCGAUGUUAUCUGCUCUGAUCCUGGCUUCAUUCACCGAACAUUGCAAAGAACAUCUGACUUUGCAUACUCGACUCAAGCCACAUACUAGUAUCUGGCGGUGUCGGCGAUGACGGUUGGGCAAUGCUUCUACGUCAAGGCGGUGUGUUUUCCGUUAUUGCGAUUGACGGGUUUGGGAUGAUGCCUGAGUAGACUUUGUUGCAAGCUAGUCAAGCAAAAGCAGCAUUUGCUGGCAGUCAAUACGAAGACACGCAAGUUUGUCAACCACGUCAUUUAGUCUUGUCUUCAGAUCGAUAGGUCUGCGAACGUUUUGCUCUUGUUCUAACCUCAUGAAGAUCCGGCUGUGCACUAUGAAGCUUUACGGUAGUACGU